AUGAAUAUAGAUAUUUGCAAUAUUUAUCGAACUUUAUGUUUUAAAAACAAAGUAUCUGUUGACCAAUUUAUUGUAUCAUGUUUAUGCAAUGCAAGUGUUCAUGGGGAAUUAAAUUUAAAAAGUACUACAAUUACUGAAAGUUCUUGUUCAUUGAUAGUCGAGUCUAUAAAAUGUAAACCCACUGAUAUUAAAGUAUUGAAUUUAUCUAAUUGCCUACUACCACCUGGUGGUUUGAAGAUCUUUUUAGAUUUGGCRAAUAAAUUAACAAAUUUAAAGAAAUUAUAUAUAAAAGGAAAUAAAAUCGGAAAUAAACUACAAUUGGAUUGGAAUAACAUUGGUGAUUCAGAAUACACAUUUUCCCAAUUAUGUUGUAGUUUAAUGUCAAAUACAACAUUAAAUACAUUAAAUUUGGCAAAUAAUAAUCUAUGUCAAAUAUGUGGUGGUCAUUUAGCUAAGCUGUUAAUCGUAAAUAAAUGCUUAAAGAACAUUGAUUUAAGUUGGAAUCAUAUAGGUGAAACUGGAGCAGCAUUAUUAUUGACAUCUUUAAAAAACAAUGACAUUCUUUUAGAACUAAACAUUCAAGGAAAUUCUGUGUCUUUGGAAGUGUCUACUUUGAUAGCCAAAAAAUUAAAACAAAAUGAAUUAAUCAAUUUCAUUAACAAAAAUGAAGUUCAGGUCAGGAACUUAAGGCACAUUGAACAUGUARGAUCAGUUGAUAAAAAUUAUCAAGCACAAUUGAACAUUCUUAAUAAUCAAUACCAUAACAGUGUCAAUGAAUUACAAUCAAAACUACAACUUCUUCGAUCAGAAAAUCAAGAACUAAAACAAGAACUUGUAGAACUAAAAAACAAUAGUUUAAAAGAACAAGAAAACUUUACUAUUAAAAUUUUACAUGAAAAAGAAGAACAUCAACGAUUAUUAGAAGCUUUUCCAAAGUUGACAAAUGAACUAAAUAUAUUAAGAGAAGAAUGGAAAAAUUUGAAGUCUUCAACAAAACUAAAUAUCAAAAACUCUUCUGAUGAAUUAAWAGCUAUUAAAAAGUUACUUUUUACAAAUAUGUUUCAUCUUAAAAUAUCUAAUCAAAUUAACCACAARAUAAAUAUGAACAAUUUAAUUGUACAAGAAGAAGAAAUCAAUAUUUCUGAUGAACAGACUAAGGUGUUAAUUUUGUUUAAUACAAAGAUAAAGACUUUAUAUAAAGAAAAGACAGAUUUGGAAAUUAAAUUAGCAGAAGCCGAAACACAUUCUACACAAGCUGCUCAGACAGUGAGAGUACUUCAAAAUAAUUUAAAAUUGGCUGAAAAUGAAUUGAUUAAGUUAAACGAUAUAUCAGCUCAAACGAUAAGUACACAAUUAAAUGCUGAUAAAUUAACCAAAGAAAUAUAUGCUUUAAAAAAUAAUAUUGUUGAAAAAGAUUAUGAGUUACAACUCUGUAAAAUGAAAAUAGAUGAAAUUAAUGAUAAUCAUAAAAAUGAAUUAUUAAAUCUUGAGAAAAAAUUUCAAGCAGAAUGUCAAACAUUUAAAGAAAAAAGGAAAGAAAAUCAAAAGCAAAUUGAAGAAAUGUAUUUCAUGUUUAAAAAAUAUUUUGCUAAAUUGAAAAGAGAUGACUGA